GAGCAGGGCCGGCUGUGCAGCCGUCAGCUGUCUCCGGCGCUGUCGCCGCCUCCUGCCCGCCUGUUCGUUCCCGCACGGCCGCGGCUGUGGCGGUGCCGAGCUCAAUGGCACCCCGAAAGAAGUUAAAGGGUCUUGUAGCUGCUACCAUCACUCCAAUGACUCCGGAUGGAAAAAUUAACCUCCCAGUGAUUUGUCAGUAUGUGGAUUAUCUGGUAAAUGAGCAGAACGUGAAGAACAUUUUUGUGAAUGGCACAACAGGAGAAGGCCUAUCCCUUAGCAUCCAGGAAAGGAAACAGCUGGCUGAAGAAUGGAUGUGCCAGGGAAAAGACAAAUUGGACCACGUGAUCAUUCAUGUGGGAGCACUGAAUCUGCCAGAGUGCCAAGAGCUGGCAAGACAUGCAGCAGCCAUAGGUGCUGAUGGCAUUGCUGUCAUAGCCCCCUUCUUCUUCAAACCCACAAACAAAGAUGAGCUGAUUGCUUUCAUGCAGAAGGUUGCAUCUGAAGCCCCUGAGGUGCCAUUUUAUUACUAUCACAUUCCUCCUCUGACGGGUGUGAAGAUUCGUGUGGAAGAGUUGCUGGAUGGGAUAAAAGCACAGAUCCCCACCUUCCAGGGUGUGAAGUUCAGUGACACAGACCUCUUGGACCUGGCACAGUGCAUACACAAGAAUGAAACAGGGGAGUUUGAAUUUCUUUAUGGGGUGGAUGAGCAACUGUUGGGUGCACUGGCACUAGGGGCAAAUGGAGCAGUUGGAAGUACAUACAACUAUUUAGGCCGACAAACCAAUCUGAUGUUGCAAGCCUUUGCAAAGCCAGACCUUGCCUUGGCACAGCAGUAUCAGUUUCUCACUGGGGAAUUUCUCAACUUUGUCAUCAAGCUGGGUUUUGGUGUUGCACAGACUAAAGCUGUGAUGACCUCUGUUUCUGGCAUUCCCAUGGGACCUCCACGGCUUCCUCUUGUUGCUGCCUCCAGUGAGUUCAUCAUCAAGGCCAAAGCCAAGCUGGACAGCAUUGUGUGGCCUAAUGGUGAUUGAUCAUGGAGUCAUUACACUGAGAAGGACCUCUAGGAUCAUCAGGCCCAACCAUUAACCUGACACUCCUGAGUGCACCACUGAGCCAUAUCCUCAAGUGCCACGUGUAUGAUGUUGUUCACUUCCUUGUCCAUCUGGAGGUUUCUUUUCUGGGAUUCUCUGCCAUGUGACACAUCCCCCACAUGAUGGGCAGGAUUUCUUUCAGGGAACUGGCACUGUGCCCAAGCCCCUUCCUGUUAGGGCUGGCUUUCCUGGGGCACAUGUGGCCUGACAUUUUACACUGCUCCCCUGGAGCUCUGCAUGUUCCAGGACUGACUGGAAUUGUUUAAUAAAAAAAGCAAAAGCAUUUUUCCCA